AUGACCACAUUCAAAUUCAUUGACGUGAGCGCAAAUCUUACUCAUAUCGAGUAUUCAGGCUGUUAUGGAGCUCAUUUAACCAGAAUCCACAAACCAGAUUUACCACAGGUGUUAGAAAGAAGUUGGGAAGCUGGUUUGCAAAAGAUAAUCAUUUGUCCCAAAGAUUUAAAUGAGAGCAGAAAUAGUCUAAAAAUAGCAAAAAGUGAUAAGAGAUUAUUUUGCACAAUCGGUUGUUCUCCUGACAAUUGCUUACAAUUUGAAGAAAAUGAAGAACCCGAUUUACAUGUACAACAAAUAAAAGAUUUAAUUGCUUUAGGAAAAGAAAAAGUUGUUGCUAUUGGAGAGUGCGGUUUUACUAAGGGUUCUUAUUGUAACUAUAAUCCAUUUAACCUUCAAUUAAAAUGGUUUAAAAUUCAUGUAGAAUUAAGUAAAUCAUUCAAUUUGCCUUUAAUAAUUUCCUCAGAUGGAAAUUAUGCACAUCAAUUUCUACUAAGGACAUUACGUACCUACCCAAAUUUAAAAGGAGUUAUAUACUGCUUUGAGCCUACCGUUGACGUAAUUAAGAGAUUAGUAGAUGCAGGAUUUUAUAUCGGGUACCAUGCAAGAGCAAUGUCUACAAUCAAAUUAAUAGAUGUGAGCGCAAAUCUUACUCAUGCCCAGUACUCAGGUUGUUAUGGACAUCCUCCAACUAAGAUCCACAAAGCAGAUUUACAACAAGUAUUAGAAAGAAGUUGGGAAGCUGGUUUGCAAAGAAUAAUUAUUUGUGGCCAUGAUUUAAAUGAGAGUAGAAAAGGUCUGAAAAUAGCACAAAGUGAUAAGAGAUUAUUUUGUACAAUUGGGUGUGCUUAUGUCAAUUCUUUACACUUUGAAGAAAGUGAAGAACCAGAUUUAUAUAUUGAACAGGUAAAAGCUGUAAUUGCGUCAGGAAAGGAAAAAAUUGUGGCUAUCGGAGAAUGCGGUCUUAAUUCCUGUAAUAGAUUUUAUUAUCCGUUGGACCUUCAAUUGAAAUAUUUUAAAAUUCAAGUGCAAAUGAGUAAAAUAUUCAAUUUGCCUUUUAUCUUGUCCUUAAGUGGAAACGACGUUGACAAAUUAAUGCUUAAUGUUUUAAGUAGCUAUCCAGAAGUAAGAGGAGUUAUAUACAUCUUUAAUCCAACCGUGCAAGUGAUGACGCGAUUUAUAGAAGCGGGAUUUUAUAUCGGCUUAGAUACAUGGUCUUUUAUGUCGGAAGUGACGAUCAAAGCCAUUAAAAUAAUACCCUUAGACAAAAUUAUAUUUCAAACAAAUUGUCCAAACAGGGUAAUACUUCGCAGUUUUCCUGGGUAUUGGUAUAUUUCCAGAGAAAAUUUAGAUGAGUUGUUAAUAACAAAGAAAGAAAAGUGGAGGCCCGACUUUAUGGUAACCAACAGAAGCGAACCCUGUAAUAUAAGACAAGUACUGGAUAUGGCGGCCUUUGUCACUAACAUGAACAAAAAUGAUUUAGCAGAACAAGUUUAUCAGAAUACCAUGCGCUUAUUUUUUCCUGGGGAAAAUCUUUAA